AUGGCUACGCAAGUGCCGAAACCGUCGGCCAAGCGUCAGCGCCUCGCUGCGGAGGCCGAAAGACGCGCGAAUGAAGAGCUGUCUGAAAGUGGACUGAUAAACUCCCAUAUGCCCAAUGUCCUUGUGCAGUUCAAGUCUGGUCAAGAUGAUACGUUCCUGGGUCCUACGAUCAGUUUGCCUGCCCAAGUGGGCCAGGCCGAGAUGGCCAAGUUGGUCAAUGAACUACGUCGUCAAGAUCGCGCACAGAACAGAAAGUCGGAUGACGAUGACGACGAAGAUAUUCCGUAUGCAUUUCAUGUGCUACUCGCUUCUUCUGCAGACGCCACGUCGUCACAGCCCACCCGCAUAUCUAUCAACACGAGUUUGCAAAGAGAUGUUCUGAACUCCACGGUAGCCAAGCAGCUCGGUAUUGGCAUGGAAGACAGCCUUACUAUCGUAUUUGAGCCACAAGCCGUGUUUCGUGUACGUGCCGUGACCCGAUGUUCGAGUACGCUCUCUGGGCAUGGCUCGCCCAUUCUGUGCUGUUCCUUUAGCCCGUCUGGCUUGUUGCUGGCUACAGGUGCCGGCGAUAAGGUGUGUCGUAUCUGGGAUAUGGACACAGAGACGCCGCUGCAUACGCUACAGGGCCACGAUGGCUGGGUGCUUUGUGCUGAAUGGGAGCCACUCGAGCGGCGACUGGCCACAGGCGGCAUGGAUGGCCAAGUGUGGAUUUGGCAUGCUCUGACGCCGCCUUUACCUGGGCGCCGUGGCUGGGGCUCGCGCUCUGGUGAGCAGGUGGAAGAAGAGCAUCGCGCCAGUGCUGGUCAAGAUGCUCGAAAGCUCUCGGUCGUCGAGCGCCGCGCAGCACGACACGCAGCGCCGUCUGGUCACAUGCUGCGUGGCCACACCAAGUGGAUUACGAGCCUUGCUUGGGAGCCUGCGCAUCGCAAUGCGGAUGCGCCGCGUCUUGCCAGCUCGUCGAAGGACGGCACGGUGCGGGUGUGGAACGUGGCCUCGCGCCAAGUCGACUUUGUGCUGGGCGGGCAUACAGCGAGUGUGAACUGCGUGCGGUGGGGCGGUGAUGGCGCGAUCUAUACGGCGUCGUCGGACCGCACUAUCAAAGUGUGGAAUGACCAGGAUGGACGCAUGAUUCGCCAAUUAAGCGAGCAUUCCCACUGGGUGAAUUCGCUGGCUCUAUCCACGGAGUAUGUGCUGCGGACGGGUGCGUUUGACGUGCAGGGCACGUACGCGGCUCGACUCAUCAAGCAAGACUAUACUGACUUGCAUGCGAUGACCAAGGCGGUAGCGCAGGAGCGGUAUGCGGAGGCCACGUCUCAUGGGGCUCGUCCUGAGAUGCUGGUAUCUGCUUCUGAUGACCAUACACUGUUUGUGUGGCCUCCUCAAGUGCUCGGCACAGCGCCCAAUCCGAAAAAGUCCGUGGCGCGCCUGACGGGUCACCAGAAGACGGUCAAUCACGUAUGCUUUUCUCCUGAUGGCCGCCUGAUUGCGUCUGCGUCGUUUGACAACAGCGUCAAGUUGUGGGAUGGACGGACGGGCCGAUUUAUUGCGAACCUGCGGGGCCACGUCGCGAGUGUGUACCGCGUAGCAUGGAGCAGUGACAGUCGUAUGCUCGCGAGUGCGUCGAAGGACUCGACGGUCAAGCUGUGGAAUCUGAAGACGUUCAAAAUCAAGGUGGACUUGCCAGGACACGAGGACGAAGUGUACUGCCUCGACUUUCUGGCCGACAAACUGGCGAGCGGCGGUCGCGAUCGCACGCUCAAGAUAUGGCGGCAUUAG